CCAGAAAUCGACCCCCAGAUACAGUGAUUGCUUCAAUGACGGACACAAGAAUAACUCUAUCGGGUGCUUCUGGCCUUUGUAUGCCAUCACUACCGUCACAUGGCCUAGGAUCUGAUGAGGUGUGCCGCCCGCAGUUUGCUCACUGAUGCCCCCGUAUCGAGCAGUCCCAUCAGCGUCUUCGGGCCCAGUCUCACGUGCGCAAACGGCCUCUCGUCCCGGCUUAAUGCAGAACGGAUUGCUGCACACACGCCUCGUCGUUUCCUCUGGCGUAUCUGGAACCGGUUCCGAGCCCUCUUUGCUCUAGUCUACCUCGUUAGGAUUAUUUCCGCCACCUGGCCCCCCAGUAUUCUUCUUCUGGCCUGGUUAUAUCGCUGUCGUCUUUCCUGUAACGGCUUACGCUCGGACCAUCUCGCCUCAGGUAUGUCCUCUGUAUGUAAUUCUACUGUGUUGUUGGAGGGCAGAACUAUUGGUUGCUCGUGGAACGCGACUCCUCCAGUUGCAUCGUGCUCCUUCUCCAGUUUCCCGGACGACAUUUCGGACAUUUAGGGAGGAUUACUCCGGCAGACCCACACUUGUAGCAGAAUAUGUUCCGCACUUCUGACUCAAACUCAAAAUAGGUGUGUCCUGGCUGCGCACAAUUCCAACACUUCAAUUGUGCCCUGUCACCUCCCGGAUCCUUCGUCCUAUAGACGGCCUCUAGUGCCUCUGUCCGCUCCUCCGGCUCGUGAUUUGCCGCCUCCACCUCAUGCACUUUGGGAUCUUCCCCCCAUAGUCUGGACCAAUCCUUGCCCAUCGGGUCGCCAGCAGCUUCUCGGCCUCGGCACACUCUUCCCGCAGUUUCUGCAGGUUCGGAA